AUGUCAUGUGUUGAAAACAAAAAACUUCUCGGCCAGAAGGCCGACCUCAGCGAGAGACUGAAAAGCGCACAGACAACUGCACCACAAAGCUACGCUGGUGUGGUGAACGAAGGUACCUCCACCACGGUUUUGCAAACCCAAACUGCACCACCACAAACAAAUCCAAUCGACUGCAUCAGUAUCGCGGGGACCGACACCGCGACGAUCUUGCCGAAUCACUCAACUGAUGUCACGAACGAGCUCAGCGGUAUCGGCACUGGAGACGAACAUCAAAUCGAGAACUCACGAAACGAAGAGAGCAAUGAUGAAGAGAUAGGAUACGUGUACUUCCUGCUCUCGUUCUCGCUGAUCGGCAUCGUCGUGCUCGGGCUGUUCGGUGCGUACCGGUGUCUUCGCGUGGCCACCGUCCUUGGCCGCGGCACCGGCACCCAGACGUCCGAGGCACUGGCCACCCUGCCCAUCCAGUUUAUCACCAGCGACGACCUUGCCGCAGCAGUCGCAGCAGCAGCAGCAGGAGCAUCCAUAAACGCCGACUCGAACCAUCUGCCUGUACCCAUGCUAUCGGUACAGUCGCCCGGCUGCGCGGGGAUGGAGCGGCUUGGCGUUCCUGCCCGCAGUUCGAUUGGAUCACCACCACUCCGAGAUGAACGAAAUCGACGAUUACGAGUGGACAGCGGCACUUCCGGCGCCGCCUCCGCCAACAGCAACUCUUCCACCAUCUAUCAACAUCAUCCCAACGUGCACAGCCAUCACAGCCAUCAUUCAGCAGUAGGAAACAGCAGCAACAGCACUAGCAGUAAUUUUAUGAGCAUUCAUAACCACCACGCCCAGUUCCACCAAGCGACGACGACGACGAGCCGGACGACUGCCCAAAAGGACACCGGAAGUUCUGGCGGCAGUUCGAGCAACAGCUAUCUCAAGGCGGCCAGCACCGGGAGCAGCAGCACCAGUAGCAGCUUCUACGGUACGAUCAACAACAACAGCAACAACCUGUGCAGCGCCAGCACCAUCAGCAGGUGUCCGCACCAUGUGGCCCUGCCGGAUGGGGAACGGGGACCGGACCGGGACCUGCAGAUACGGUCGUCCAGCCAGCAAUCGGAGAUCCCCCGCACGUACGUCAAGGCCCCGCCCAACAAGACGGUCCGCGACGUGCCCGUCCAGCACCAGCAGCACCACCACCAUCCGUCAUCGUCCGUCGGUGGCAUCGGCUCGUCCGUGUCCUCGUCGGCGUCGUCGUCCAUGAACAAUCUCACCAGCCAGCACGCCCGGUUCGGGGGCAGCGGCAGUGGCAUCAGCCUCGGCAACCGGGCCCUGGUCAACAGCAUGUCGACCAUCGGGUCCAGCCAAGCGGCGGCAGCUGCGGCCAAGUCGGACAAGCAGAAGAAAACAAUCCUGUGGUUCCUCGCAGGUAACAAAACGUCAAAAACGUCGGCGUCUGCGACGGCGACAACAGCAACUAGCAGUAGUAGUGGUAUUAGUGUUAAUAGUAGUAGUCAUAACAAUAACAAUAUUGGACCUAACAGUAGCAGCGGCGCAGCUAGUUGUAACAAUAAUACUAUAAGCUAUCAAACGCGAAGCAAUCCGACGGCGUCGUCGGCGUUGGCCGCGGCCAGUAUGAGCGGGAGUCGGAGCGGGUUGAGCUCGUCCAGUCAUCUAGCAGUAAGUGGAAUACAUUCACAUAAUCAUCACUACCGGCAGUCGACGGCAUCGACGGUUCAGCAGCGGCACCAGCCGACCUCGUCGAUUCCGAGUAGUGCCAGCGGAAGUAGCACCAACAGCAGCAGCAGCACCAGCACUCCGAUGUCGGUGUCGGCCAGCCCGAGCCCGGACACGAGCACGCACUACAUGUGACAGGACGGCCGACCCGCACCGGACAGUUGAAAUGGUGCACACCGUGAAGAUGUGCUGCUGCUGCUGCGGCGGCAACCGCUCUGUCCUUCCGACGAGUCUUGUGACGACUCGUCGGAUUCGGCCCGGAAGGUUCCGCUGCAGGACGUCGGCGUCUGUCACCGUCGGCGUCGGCCCCGUCUGGGCGGCUGCCACGUGGUGGCACUCGAGUGUGACGACCGGCUGUAGAUCGGACGUCGAAGGAUCUCAGAUCAGAUUGUGUUUGCCUGUAGCUAGAGGAUUUAUUUUGGUUCUUUCUUCGUUGCUGGUGAUGACGACGAUGAUUAUGGCGGCUUGGUAAAUAUUGGUUCCGCGUCGGCAACCCGCUCCUUCUCCUUCUAAGCUGCUUAGUUGCAAAGGGAAAGGUGAGGCAUUCUUUUUUCUCUUUUGAAAUUGAUUUGAAACUUCUAAGAACUAAAAAGCAAUGAUUGAUGAUAAUUGAGUCUGUCGCACCCGCCAUUUCGACGUUCCGAGAAAAAAACGCGUUUUAAUGUUUGACCUUGAAUAAACAUAAACGAAAGCUCGCAAUGUAAACAAUAACACGUUUAGUUAGGCUGACCAUUAUGUGCAUUGUCCCAAAGUUUGGUAGAAGUUGGUUGCUGGAGUCCCGAGUUAUAAUUACAAAUGUCGUCUAACUUGCACGUGCGUCAAACGCGUUCUGACCUGAAAUCCCUUUGACCAGUUGUCGCACUUACAUCAAUUUUCAGAGAGUGACAAGAUAGCACGACAAGAUAUGAUUCAUAUGAAAAGUAACAAAAAUGCAGGGAGUUUUUCGGUUUUUAUUGAAUAUCUCAGGAUUGAAAUCGAAUCUUGAGAAUCUGUGAAGGUCAAAAGGUGAGGCAUUGUGAGCUGCACAAAAUGGGGUCCUAACUCAAU